CAUCCUUGGACUUUGGAUUUAAAUAUUUUACACUGAUUAGCAAUUACAAACACUGUAAUUUACUUUAUUUAUGUGCAGAGUGCAUGCAGAUAUUUGGAUAUCGCAGUUCUGAGUCUUUUUUGUUGACAUGCGUUCAUCUUCGAUUCAGCAGUGAUCAACAACUAAGACCUCUUGCACACUGAAGCGUAUGGAGUGGCGUCCAUUGAUGAGGUCCAUUAAAGCUCAACGUGGGCGCAAAGUGAAAGUUGACAGGACUAUUCCUUGACGCGCCGGGUGCAAGUGGCGAAGCUAAGGACGCGUUCCCUGGGAAUGGGGGCAUUGAUCCGCGCAAGGCGCUACCGCCCCUCCCACAGCCUGACGGCGAGGGCGGACUCGCGUUGCUCGCUUUAAAAUUGGCUUGGAGGGAGAGCGGGUAGAGUGAGCGCGGGAGAGAGGAGAGAACACGCGGGGCUGGCGGGCGAUCGAGCUCGUUCCUCCUCUCACCUCACCGCACGCAGCUCUGCUCAGCAGGGCCGGCAAGUGCCUGCAGCAGUGCGCGGCGAUGGCUCUGCCGGAUAACGCCAGCUGCACCAUGGCCAGCGAGGAGACGCCUUUCCCCGAAAUCGUGGAGCUAAAUGUGGGCGGCCAGGUGUACAUCACCCGCUACUCCACCCUGCUCAGCGUGCCCGACUCCCUGCUGUCGCAGAUGUUCGGGCGCAAGAACGGCCUGGGGCUGGCGAGGGACGGCAAGGGGCGCUUCUUCAUCGACCGCGACGGCUUUCUCUUCCGCUACAUCCUGGAUUACAUGCGGGACCAGCAGCUGGUGCUGCCCGACCACUUCCCCGAGCGGAGCCGCCUCCAGCGGGAGGCCGAGUACUUCGCUCUGCCCGAACUGGUCAAAACACUCAGUCCCAAACUCAGCAAGCAGAACUCCAUCAACGAAGACGCCUGCCCCAGCGACCCCGAGGACGGCUCUCCCAGCACGGACGUGGCGCGCAGUGCGGUCGCGGUCGCGGCCACGGCCGGCGGAGUGAGCAGCGACAGGAGAAUGGGCUUCAUCACCAUCGGCUACCGGGGCUCAUACACGCUGGGCAGGGACAGCCAGACGGACGCCAAGUUCCGAAGAGUGGCCAGGAUCAUGGUGUGUGGCAAGACGGCGCUGGCCAAGGAGGUGUUCGGGGAGACGCUGAACGAGAGCAGGGACCCCGACCGGCCCCCCGAGCGCUACACGUCCCGCUACUACCUCAAGUUUACUUUCCUGGAACAGGCGUUUGACAAGUUGGCCGAAGCCGGCUUCCACAUGGUGUCGUGUAAUUCGACGGGCACCUGUGCCUUCGCUCACGACCAGACCGACGACAAGAUAUGGACCAGCUACACGGAAUAUGUUUUCUACCGUGAGUGAUCUGCCCAUCACAAACAUCUGCACAAUGAUCCCCAAAGCGAUUAGACCUAAACCCAACCCCCACCACCCCUAGAACAGAAACCCUUGUUCCUCCAGCUUUCAAUCUCCAUGUGCCAUUGCUGCCUCACCUAGUUUACCACGCUCUCUGAUACAUUUGGAUGGAUGAACUUUUUUAAAAAAGUGUAUGUUGUUUUCGUAUUUUAAGGACACGACGCUGUUUUAUUAAACUGGUGCAUAUAGUUUGUAACCGAGCACAAAGUUUGGUUGUGUGCGUGUGUCUGGAUGUGGUGCACACUGGGUGUUGGCACGUGUGCAGGUGCCUUCAGCAGCUUAGUUAAUCGCCUUUGACGUGAAAAUAAUUGGAAAAUAAAAUGAAGUAAUUAAUGCUAAUGGUCAGUGGCAGAGAAACCGACGAGGAAGUGAACGAUAGUAUAAAAAAAAAACGGAUUUUGGAUACUUCAGGUGGGGAGUUAUUGAACUAACAUUAUUUUAUGAACAGCAAACUGCGUGUGUGCUUCUUCCCAAAGAAUAUCUUAUGGGAAGGUUAAUCGGAGAUGGUGAGACAGUGUUUCUCUUUACAUCGACACGCGGAUGCCAAAUAGUGAAUUUGAAGACGAAUGCCAUUUUUUGACAGCGCAGGUGUACUAAGUUCUACGAAGUGCGGUUUGUAUCUUAAAAUAUGUUUGCCAAAAUAACGCGUAGCCUUUAAAUAUGAUAAAUGAAUUACAAUUUCAUAGUGAAAUUAUUGUUGUCAAAAAUUUGGAUGAUACUGCAUAAGUCUCUGCUAAGAUAUUUAUGCAGAUUUCUCCCCCAAAAUUGAUGUUUCUUAUGAUAUGCAUAUGUGGUAUUGUAUAAAAAUAAAGCUAUUUUGUGAUUAGAACAAAA